AUGGCGGUGUUUGGAAUUUUUGAGUCUGAUGAGACUGAACAUAAUACCAAAAACAGUGCUGAACUAGCAUGUUAUGCCGCUCUAAAAAUACAGCUUUUACAUACUUGGGUAAACGAUCGUAUUAAGAAAAAGGGCAUUCCUAUUGUCUUUAAGACAAGGAUUGGUAUUAAUUCAGGUUCUGGGCUUGUAGGUAUGAUUGGUUCUAAUGAGAGAUUAAACUACACCUCUAUAGGAGACGCUGUGAAUCUUGCAAGUCGCCUAGAAGGAUUAAAUAAGCAGUUUAAUACCAGUAUUAUUAUUUCAGAAUCUACUAUGCAAAUGCUAGGGCCUGCAUUUAAGUUUCGAAAACUUGGUACAGUUUCGGUAAAAGGCAAGGAAGUCCCGUCAUCUAUUUACCAUUUGUAUGGAUACUCAAAAAAGAAAGAGGAAGAAGCAUUAGCUGCUGCCUCCGACGAAAAAACAACUGAGCAAUCUAACGUACCUAGCGUAGUAGCUGAAAAUAAUAGCGUGGAAGACACAACAUACGGAGCCAGUGAUGUCGGGCAAGCAUAA